UCUGCAGCAAAGAAAUUUGUAAAGACAGAAAGCAAAAAUGUAAAAGCAGUAAGCGAAAUUGGUUGCAAAGAAAGAUUGGCCAGCUUGCAAAAGUUAAAAAUUGUUCAUGCAGGCUAGUUACUCGCUGCCAAUAUGCAGAUGGUGAUAAUUUGAGGUUGAAACUAAUAAAUCGAUUUUGUGCACCAGAAAAAGUGAGCAACAACAGCAGUGGUCUGGGACAGAAAGAGUUCGUGUAGUGCUGCGAAAGCCAGCGCUGUGUGAAGAUAGUAAUAGCAAAUCUGCGGAGGUAUGGAAAAAAGCGAUCACAUUUCAGUAACUUUGUCAGGUGUAGGUGUGGGAGGCAGUGAAGAAGACAGUCUCACUGCUAAACAGCCCCAACGACGUAGCUUACGGAGGUCUUGGAAUCAACUGCCUCGUUGUCAGCGAAGCCUUAUCAUAGUAGCCACAUUAGCGGCAUGUUUAACAUUAGUUCUCGUUCUAUAUAAUGAACAAAUUGAAGCUCAGAAUGGCAGAUUAGUUAAUAUAAAUGGCGGUUUUUCGUUCCGGGGCAGUCGAGAGGCGGCUAUUGGUUCAGCGCUGGUUCGCAAUGAGCCGCUACCUGUCAAUGCGCUUAAGAAUGGUAACAGCGCGGACGUUGUGAACGGUGUUAAUAAUAUAGAUAACAAUGCGUUACCCGAAAUUGGCCAGCGACCAAUGCCGUUGUUAAAUGAUAAUGCACCUGAAUUUAAAGAUAUUAACGUGCUCGAUUUACCCAAUCGUGUUCAAAAAAAUGGUGAUGGCAUCGAUAGUGGCGCAGAAUUACUAAAAGAUCAGAAGUCAAACUUUUUGCAGGGUCCCUUAGCAGAUGUUCCAAAUAAAAUAAGUAUACAAGAGAUUAACCUUAAUGACAAUCGCAUUGAAAGUCCCGCCGUGGAUGCUCAAUCGGGCGUUGAAGAUGAUGAUCGUGCUGCUUUGGAAGCGGCCGUGCUGAAUCCGCGUGCGGUUCCCGGCACCGAUAACAUUUUAAUUGCCGACUAUGCCGAUAAAUUGGAUAGUUCUACGUUGGCACAAAAACAACAUUUCCACGGCGCCACAAAUGAGCGGCAGACUGCUGUUGUUGCAGCUUUCAAACACUCUUGGAAUGGCUAUAAAAAGUACGCUUGGGGUCAUGACAAUUUGAAGCCGUUAUCGCAGGGCUCGCACGAUUGGUUCGGCUUGGGUUUGACCAUCGUAGACUCUUUGGACACCAUGUACAUAAUGGGCUUAGAGGAUGAAUUCAAUGAAGGACGUGAGUGGGUCAGCAAUUUUCUUACAUUUGACAUCAAUCGCGAUGUGAAUCUGUUUGAGGUGACAAUACGUGUACUGGGUGGCUUAUUGUCCGCUUACCAUUUGAGUGGUGACAAAAUGUUCCUAAUAAAAUCGAUUGAAUUGGGCAAUCGCAUGUUGCCGUGUUUUCUCUCCGCUUCUGGCAUACCAUAUUCGGAUGUGAAUCUUGCUUCAAUGUCUGCACACUCGCCCAAAUGGUCACCUGACAGUUCGACCAGCGAGGUUACUACCAUACAAUUGGAAUUUCGUGAUCUUAGCCGUUCUUCACAAAUACCUAUUUACGAAAAAGUAUCCCAUGCAGUCAACAAGAAGGUACAUACGCUGGAGAAAACCAGUGGCUUAGUACCAAUAUUUAUAAAUGCCAACACAGGCACGUUUAGAAAUUACGCUACAAUUUCCUUGGGCGCUCGUGGCGAUUCUUAUUAUGAGUACCUUUUGAAACAGUGGCUACAGACUGGACGAAAACCGGAUGAUUUCCUUAUUAUGGACUAUAUACGCGCCAUUGACGGAGUAUUAACAAAACUGUUACGUCGUACGCCCAAAGAGCAACAUGUUUACAUCGGCGAAUUAAUCAAUGGCAAAGAUUUCAAACCGAAAAUGGACCAUCUUACUUGUUACCUACCCGGUACGCUGCUGCUGGGACACAAAUUUGGUAUGCCAACCUCACACUUUCUGCUGGCACGCGAUCUCCUCGAAACCUGUUAUCAAACCUAUAUGCGUCAGCCCACACAGCUGGCGCCUGAGAUAUCCUACUUUGCGCUGACCGAAAAUGAAGAGCAAGAAAUUUACGUCAAACCCAACGAUGCUCAUAAUCUUUUGCGUCCCGAAUUCAUAGAGAGUCUGUACUAUUUUUAUGCAAUAACUGGAAAUCGCACCUAUCAGGAUAUGGGUUGGAAUAUUUUCCAAGCGUUUGAGAAACACACCAAAGUUGCUUACGGUUACACAUCGAUUGGCAAUGUUAAACAUAUAUUUAAUACAAGACUGCGUGAUAUGAUGGAGAGUUUUUGGUUAAGUGAAACACUUAAAUAUUUUUAUCUUUUGUUCAGCGACAAUCGGUUAGAAAUCGAUUUGGAUAAGUGGGUGUUCAAUUCCGAGGCACAUCUGCUGCCACUAAGGAAUCAUUAAGUUCGUAUUUGCUUGCAUGUGGGUAUGCUGCUGUGCGUGUGUGCGAAACGAAUGUGCGUAACCAUGACCAUUAUAAUGCGAAUCGAAUUGAGUUGAUUGCUCAAUAUGUAAAUAUUUACACUUAUUUAUACAAUCAUACCAAUCAAAUCAUACUUGUCGCAUGUCUACAACCUUUUGUUUUGUACUGCAAGCGUAGCAUCACCACGAAACGAUGACGAAAUUUAUGCGCGACGGUGCACGUGUGUGUACGUAGAUGUGCGCUCAGGACAAAACUCAAUUGAAUUAUGUUAAUGUAUGUAUGUAUAAACAAUAUAAUUUAUUACUAUUUAUAAUAGUUUAUAGCAUUAAAUUAUUGCAUAAAUAUGAUUGACAGAUAGCUUUCGAUCAGCAUUAGGAAAUAAUUGUGAACCGUGUAAACCUUUAAGCGAAUGCCAAAAAACUUAAACAUAAAAAAGAAGUUAUAUAUAAAUAAAAGAGUCAUAGACUCGGGAGGCAUCCAACAACUUAUACCCAAUACAUAAAUACAUAUGUAUGUAUAUGUAUGUAUGUAUAAUAGCGGUUAUAAAAAUACGGAACCUAAACAAAAUGCGGCUUUGGCUGCAUCACAUUUGAAUUACUGGGUUCAAUGAUUUUUUUUUUUUUUUUUUUUUUUCAUAACUGCUAUGCAAAAUAAUUGUUUAAACAAAUGUUCGGAAAUAAAUAUUCACUACAUUUCUAGUCGAGUGUAGAAUUAUGCUGAUUUCGUGCACUAAGAACAUUUAUUAUUACUAUAGAACCUCG